GGACAUAGGAAGAGGCUUGGAGACAACACACAGGACCUGCCGGUGCACAAACUCUCAGCCUAGGCCGGGAGCCCCCAGCCCACUCCCUUCAUGUCCCCAGUCCAGCAGAAGUAGCCGAAGCAACUUUCCUAUCCUCCAACCUGACCAUGUCACAUCAGUCUGGUCCUGGACAGGAGGCUGCUUUGGUGACAGGUGCCAGCAGGAAAGCACAUCUCUCGACAGAGAAGGUCAUUCCUCUGCACCAGGUCACUCUUCCCAGGCAGGGGUCUUGAGGACAGCAGAGGGUACCUGCAGAGGGGACAACCACAAGAGAUGUGUGGGGCCCUCCCUAAGCACAGGUGGUCGAGCCUGGGGGAAAGAAAGUCAUUGUGUUACCGUCUCUGCUCCUCUUUCGUCUCUGUCCCCCAUGGUGCCUCUCUUUCUCUGCUCUCUCCCUGUUGGUUCUUGCCCUAUUUCCCCACUGCCCCCCUUUUCUGUUUGCUUCCCUGGCUGGUGGCACCGGGUGCCAGGCGUGGUGACUGUGAGGUCAGGUGUCAUCAUUGACCGGGAGGCCUUCUCGCCACCCAUCCUGGAGCUGCUGCUGCUGGCUGAGGACGUCGGGCUGCUCAACAGCACGGCCCACCUGCUUGUCACCAUCCUGGAUGACAAUGACAACCAGCCCACCUUUAGCCCUGCCACUCUCACUGUCCACCUACUGGAGAACUGCCCACCUGGAUUCUCAGUCCUUCAAGUCACAGCCACAGAUGAGGACAGUGGCCUCAAUGGGGAGCUGGUCUACCGAAUAGAAGCCGGGGCUCAGGACCGCUUCCUCAUUCAUCCGGCCACCGGGAUCAUCCGUGUCGGCAAUGCCACCAUCGACAGAGAGGAGCAGGAGGCCUACAGGCUAAUGGUGGUGGCCACCGACCGGGGCACCAUUCCUCUCUCGGGCACAGCCAUCGUCACCAUCCUGAUCGAUGACAUCAAUGACUCCCGUCCCGAGUUCCUCAACCCCAUUCAGACAGUGAGCGUGCUGGAGUCGGCCGAGCCAGGCACUGUCAUUGCCAAUGUCACGGCCAUCGACCGCGACCUCAACCCAAAGCUAGAAUACCACAUCAUCGGCAUUGUGGCCAAGGACGACACUGACCGCCUGGUGCCCAACCAGGAGGACGCCUUUGCUGUGAAUAUCAACACAGGAUCCGUAAUGGUGAAGUCCCCCCUGAAUCGGGAGCUGGUUGCCACCUAUGAGGUCACUCUCUCAGUAAUUGACAAUGCCAGCGACCUACCAGAGCGCUCUGUCAGUGUGCCAAAUGCUAAGCUGACUGUCAAUGUCCUGGAUGUCAAUGACAAUACACCCCAGUUCAAACCCUUUGGGAUCACCUACUACACGGAGCGGAUCCUGGAGGGGGCCACCCCAGGGACCACGCUCAUUGCUGUGGCAGCCGUGGACCCUGACAAGGGUCUCAAUGGGCUGAUCACCUACACCCUGCUGGACCUGGUGCCCCCAGGCUAUGUCCAGCUGGAGGACUCCUCAGCAGGGAAGGUCAUUGCCAACCAGACAGUGGACUACGAGGAAGUACACUGGCUCAACUUUACUGUGAGGGCCUCAGACAAUGGGUCCCCGCCCCGGGCAGCUGAAAUCCCUGUCUACCUGGAGAUCGUGGACAUCAAUGACAACAACCCCAUCUUUGACCAGCCCUCCUACCAGGAGGCCGUCUUUGAGGAUGUGCCUGUGGGCACAAUCAUCCUGACAGUCACUGCCACUGAUGCUGACUCAGGCAACUUUGCACUCAUUGAGUACAGCCUUGGAGAUGGAGAGGGCAAGUUUGCCAUCAACCCCACCACGGGUGACAUCUAUGUGCUGUCCUCUCUGGACCGGGAGAAGAAGGACCACUAUAUCCUGACUGCCUUGGCCAAAGACAACCCUGGGGAUGUAGCCAGCAACCGUCGAGAAAAUUCCGUGCAGGUGGUGAUCCAAGUGCUGGAUGUCAAUGACUGCCGGCCACAGUUCUCCAAGCCCCAGUUCAGCACGAGCGUCUAUGAGAAUGAGCCGGCGGGCACCUCCGUCAUCACCAUGAUGGCCACCGACCAGGAUGAAGGUCCCAACGGAGAGUUGACCUACUCACUUGAGGGCCCUGGUGUGGAGGCUUUCCAUGUGGACGUGGACUCAGGCCUAGUGACCACACAGCGGCCACUGCAGUCCUACGAGAGAUUCAACCUGACCGUGGUGGCCACGGAUGGUGGACAGCCCCCACUCUGGGGCACCACCAUGCUCCUGGUGGAGGUCAUCGACGUCAAUGACAACCGCCCUGUCUUUGUGCGCCCACCCAAUGGCACCGUCCUCCACAUCAGAGAGGAGAUCCCGCUGCGCUCCAACGUGUACGAGGUCUACGCCACGGACAAAGACGAGGGCCUCAAUGGGGCGGUGCGAUACAGCUUCCUGAAGACGGCGGGCAGCCGGGACUGGGAGUUCUUCACCAUCGACCCAAUCAGUGGCCUCAUCCAGACUGCGCAGCGCCUGGACCGGGAGACCCAGGCGGUGUACAGUCUCAUCUUGGUGGCCAGUGACCUGGGCCAGCCGGUGCCAUACGAGACUAUGCAGCCGCUGCAGGUGGCCCUGGAGGACAUAGAUGACAACGAACCCCUCUUCGUGAGGCCUCCAAAAGGCAGCCCCCAGUACCAGCAGCUGACAGUGCCUGAGCACUCGCCACGCGGCACCCUCGUGGGCAAUGUGACGGGCGCCGUGGACGCAGAUGAGGGCCCCAACGCAAUCGUGUACUACUUCAUCGCAGCCGGCAACGAAGAGCAGAACUUCCAUCUGCAGCCCGACGGGCGUCUGCUGGUGCUGCGGGACCUGGACCGGGAGCGAGAAGCCGUCUUCUCCUUCAUUGUCAAGGCCUCCAGCAAUCGCAGCUGGACACCUGCCCGUGGACCCUCCCCAGCCCUCGACCUGGUUGCUGACCUCACGCUGCAGGAGGUGCGCGUUGUGCUAGAGGACAUCAACGACCAGCCGCCACGCUUCACCAAGGCUGAGUACACUGCAGGGGUGGCCACCGACGCCAAGGUGGGCUCAGAGUUGAUCCGGGUGCUGGCCCUGGACGCAGACAUUGGCAACAACAGCCUUGUCUUCUACAGCAUUCUGGCCAUCCACUACUUCCGGGCCCUUGCCAACGACUCUGAAGAUGUGGGCCAGGUCUUCACCAUGGGGAGCGUGGACGGCAUCCUGCGCACCUUUGACCUCUUCAUGGCCUACAGCCCCGGCUACUUCGUGGUGGACAUUGUGGCUCGAGACCUGGCAGGCCACAACGACACGGCCAUCAUCGGCAUCUACAUCCUGAGGGACGACCAGCGCGUGAAGAUCGUCAUUAAUGAGAUCCCCGACCGUGUGCGCAGCUUUGAGGAGGAGUUCAUCCACCUGCUCUCCAACAUCACUGGUGCCAUUGUCAACACUGACGAUGUGCAGUUCCAUGUGGACAAGAAGGGUCGGGUGAACUUUGCACAGACAGAGCUGCUCAUCCACGUGGUGAACCGGGAUACCAACCACAUCCUGGACGUGGACCGGGUGAUCCAGAUGAUUGACGAGAACAAGGAGCAGCUGCGGAAUCUUUUCCGGAACUACAAUGUCCUGGAUGUGCAGCCUGCCAUCUCCAUCCGGCUGCCGGACGACAUGUCUGCCCUGCAGAUGGCGAUCAUCGUCCUGGCCAUCCUCCUAUUCCUGGCCGCCAUGCUCUUCGUCCUCAUGAACUGGUACUACAGGACCGUACACAAAAGGAAGCUCAAGGCCAUUGUGGCUGGCUCAGCUGGGAAUCGUGGCUUCAUCGACAUCAUGGACAUGCCUAACACCAACAAGUACUCCUUUGACGGAGCCAACCCCGUGUGGCUGGAUCCCUUCUGUCGGAAUCUGGAGCUGGCUGCCCAGGCGGAGCAUGAGGAUGACCUGCCAGAGAACCUCAGCGAGAUCGCCGACCUGUGGAACAGCCCCACGCGUACCCACGGAACUUUUGGACGUGAGCCAGCAGCCGUCAAGCCUGAUGACGACCGAUACCUGCGGGCCGCCAUCCAGGAGUAUGACAACAUUGCCAAGCUGGGCCAGAUCAUUCGGGAGGGGCCCAUUAAGGGCUCUCUGCUGAAGGUGGUCCUGGAGGAUUACCUGCGGCUCAAAAAGCUCUUUGCACAGCGGAUGGUGCAAAAAGCCUCCUCCUGCCACUCCUCCAUCUCUGAGCUGAUCCAGACUGAGCUGGACGAGGAGCCAGGAGACCACAGCCCAGGGCAGGGUAGCCUGCGCUUCCACCACAAGCCGCCAGUGGAGCUCAAGGGUCCUGAUGGGAUCCAUGUGGUGCACGGCAGCACUGGCACGCUGCUGGCCACCGACCUCAACAGCCUGCCCGAGGACGACCAGAAGGCCCUGGGCCGCUCACUGGAGACACUGACUGCUGCUGAGGUCACUGCCUUCGAGCGCAACGCCCGCACAGAGUCCGCCAAAUCCACGCCCCUGCACAAACUUCGCGAUGUGAUCAUGGAGAGCCCCCUGGAGAUCACGGAGCUGUGACUAGACAGGGAAGCAUCGUGGGUGUGAGCAGCGCCACCCACCACCCCCUCCCAGGGUGGGAGCAAGGGCAGGGACAGGGCCGUUUGGGGAGGUCCCUCUGAAGGCCAGCCAUGAGGGACACCCUUGGCUUGGCCCUGGCAGCCCGCAUCAGCUGCUCAGAUCCCACUUUUGCCAGACGCUCAAUUCAGCAUCUGACCUCUACCUUCAUAAAAUCUGUUAUUUUUAUAAGAAAACCAAACAAAAAUGCUAAGUGUCUAAGGACAAGGGAAGGAGGGUCACUGGGGCCCAGGAGUCUGGGGACCAGCGAGGCUCAGACUGAGCAGACCUUCCUCCCCCCUGGCUCCACCCAGCACCAUCCCCUCCGGCUGAGCAGGAACAAGGGAGGCCCAGCUUGGCCAUCCUCUGCUGGCCGGACACCCCUGACCUCAGCCCAAGUCCCACUGAAUUUCUGCCAUACCCCUGCUGGAUGUCCAGGUGGAGGCAGCAUCCCCACGUGGACAAGAAGGUCAAUGUCAAUGAACAAACAUCCUCUACAUUUCACUGGCUUCCCAAAUGUGCCCAGCUUAUAAAGAGAAAUGACUGAUGUUC